AUGGCUGCCUCGAAGACCGCAAACUCUAAUGGAGGCUGGACUGUCAUUCAUGCCAGCGGCGAUUCCUUCAAGAUACUCAAUGGCCCAACGGAAAACGUGGACAUGGUGCAUUUGGUCGUGCAUUGUGACUGGAGCAUAACUGGUUAUGGCGUCAACAUGCCGGGCAUCAUGGCGACUCUCGCGAGCCAAUGCCCAGACACCCAGCGAAUUUACGUCCAGCUCUCUUUCGGGAACUAUCGAACAUCAGUCGCGGAGCCCGUCCAGUUUGGCAGCAGCGUCACGGCGUUCGUCAAGGCUGCGCUCGCUGCGAAGUUUGGCAACUCUUGUCCUAUCUUUAUGGGAGUCACUGAUGUGGCGAACUCGGUCUUUAAGGUGACGGAGCAUCUUGAGGCGCUGGGUCAAGACAGAAAAGACUUUACGGACGACCCUGCCGCCGUAAUCAUGUACCGGAGGGGAUCAGCUAUCAACGUCGGAACAACACAGCAGGACACAGGAUCGGCAAAGAUGAGUGAGUAG